AUGGUUCUGUUGAGGCUUGUCCCACAAGCCAAAAGUCUAGGUGCCGGCACAACGGUCCUUUCCACAAGGAUGACCCUGGCAGUCACCGUUGCUGAUGUUGACAUUGUGGGAAAUGCCAAGACCCACCCGAUGUGGGGAGGAUCCGUGAAGGCAGAAGCAGAGUUCUCUGAGGCAGAAGGAGCUCCGUCAGAGGAAGGUCAGAGGGCGCAGGCCCCGGAGUGUGCCCAAGAUGGCAGCGAAGAGACGUUAUCAAGCCGUAUUCUUUGCAGAGAAGUGGAAAUGCUCUUUCAACCUCUGGUUCAGGUGGCCGUGUAUUUCACCAUGGCGGAGUGGGGCCUGCUGGAUCUGGGCCAAAAAGCCCUCUAUAGGGAAGUCAUGCUGGAGAACUAUGAGAGCGUGACUUUUCUGGCAGGAGAUGAUCAGAGGAAUGGGGAGGAUCUGCAUCAUCUGUCAUCCGAUGAAAUCAAGAAUGAAGAUGUGAGAAGAAAUGUCAGGACUCAAAGCACGUCUCAGAGGCAGGAAUUCAGGCAAAGGGUAAAGAAGAGUGAUAAAUCCAUUCCUUGCCAAGAGAGGGAUUUCCAAGAAGUAAUUCACAGGUUGGAGGAAAUUUACAAGGGUAUAAAGUGUGGAACGAACUUCUCAGAUCAAACCCAAUAUAAUAUCCAUUUUUCAAAGCACAGUAUAAUGAAGGCAUGUAAAUGCUUUCAUUGUGGAAAGUACUUCAGAUACAAAUCACAACUACUUGUGCACCAAAGGAUCCACAAUGCAGAGAGACAUUUUAAACGUUCAGAGUUUGGAAAGAAAUUCAGUCAUAGUUUGUUUCUUAAACAGCACCAAAGAACCCGCACAAGGGAGAAACCUUUUAAAUGCUCAGAGUGUGGGAAGAGAUUCAUUUACAGUGGCAGUCUUCAAUAUCAUCUAAGAACCCACACAAGGGAGAAGCCUUUUGAAUGCUCAGAGGGUGGGAAGAGAUCCAGUCAGAGUUUCCUUGUUAAACAGCAUCAAAGAACCCAAACAGUGGAGAAGCCUAUUGAAUGCUCACAGUGUGGGAAGAGAUUCAGUCACAGUAGCAAUCUUCUAAAACACCAAAGAACACACACAGGGGAGAAGCCUUAUGAAUGCUCAGAGUGCGGGAAGAGAUUCAGUCAGAACAGCAAUCUUCAAAGUCAUCUCAGAACUCACACAGGAGAGAAACCUUUUGAAUGCUCAGAGUGUGGGAAGACAUUCAGCUACAAUAGCAAUCUUCAAAGUCAUCUAAGAGCCCACACAGGAGAGAAACCUUUUGAAUGCUCAGAGUGUGGGAAGAGAUUCAGUCAUAACAGUAGUCUUCAAAGUCACCUAAGAACCCACACUGGGGAAAAGCCUUUUGAAUGCUCAGAGUGUGGGAAGGGAUUCUGCUACAGUGGCCAUUUUCAACUUCAUCUAAGAACCCACACAGGAGAGAAACCUUUUGAAUGCUUAGAGUGUGGGAAGAGAUUCAGUCAUAACAGUAGUCUUCAAAGUCACCUAAGAACCCACACUGGGGAAAAGCCUUUUAAAUGCUCAGAGUGUGGGAAGAGAUUCAGUCAGAGUAGCAAUCUUCAAAGUCAUCACAGAACCCACACAGGGGAAAAGCCUUUUGAAUGCACAGAGUGUGCGAAGAGAUUCAGUCGGAGUGGCAAUCUUCGAAGUCAUCAAAAAACCCACACAGGGGAGAAGCCUUUUAAAUGCUCAGAGUGUGGGAAGAAAUUCACUGACAGUAGCACUCUUCAACAACAUCUAAGAACCCACAAAAGGGAGAAGCCUUUUGAAUGCUCACAGUGUGGGAAGAGAUUCAGCCACAGUUGCUAUCUUCAACUGCAUAAAAGAUCCCACACAGGGGAGAAGCCUUUUGAAUGCUCAGAGUGUGGGAAGAGAUUCAGUCAGAACAGCAAUCUUCAAAGUCAUCUAAGAACUCACACAGGAGAGAAACCUUUUGAAUGCUCAGAGUGUGGGAAGACAUUCAGCUACAAUAGCCAUCUUCAAAAACAUCAGAAAAACCACAAAGGAGAGAAACCUUUUGAAUGCUCAGAGUGUGGGAAGAGAUUCAGUCAUAAUACCAAUCUUCAAAGUCAUCUAAGAGCCCACACAGGAGAGAAACCUUUUGAAUGCUCAGAGUGUGGGAAGAGAUUCAGUCAGAACAGUAGUCUUCAAAGUCAUGUAAGAACCCACACAGGGGAAAAACCUUUUGAAUGCACGGAGUGUGGGAAGAGAUUCAGUUGGAGUAACAAUCUUCGAAGUCAUCAAAAAACCCACACAGGGGAGAAGCCUUUUGAAUGCUCAGAGUGUUGCAAGAGAUUUAGUGACACUAGCAAACUUCUCAGUCAUCUAAGAACCCACACAGGGGAGAAGCCUUAUGUAUGCUCAGAGUGUGGGAAGAGAUUCAAACACAGCAGCAGUCUUCAAAAGCAUCAUAGAACCCACACAGGGGAGAAGUCUUUUGAAUGCCCAGAGUGUGGGAAGAGAUUCAGUCAGAACAGUAGUCUUCAAAGUCACCUAAGAACCCACACUGGGGAAAAGCCUUUUGAAUGCUCAGAGUGUGGGAAGAGAUUCCGCUACAGUGGCCAUUUUCAAUUUCAUCUACGAACCCACACAGGGGAGAAGCCUUUUGAAUGCUCAGAGUGUGGGAAGAGAUUCAGUCAUAAUAGCAGUCUUCAAAGUCAUCAAAAAACCCACACAGGGGAGAAGCCUUUUAAAUGCUCAGAGUGUGGGAAGAAAUUCACUGACAGUAGCACUCUUCAAAAUCAUCUAAGAACCCACACAGGGGAGAAGCCUUUUGAAUGCUCUGAGUGUGGGAAAAGAUUCAGUCAGAGUAGCAAUCUUCUAAGUCAUCUAAGAACCCACACAGGGGAGAAGCCUUAUGAAUGCUCAGACUGUGGGAAGAGAUUCAGUCACAGUGGCAGUCUCAAGUAUCAUCAAAGAACCCACACGGGGCAGAAGCCUUUUGAAUGCCCAGAGUGUUGGAAGAGAUUCAUUCAGAGUGGUGAUUUUCAAAGUCAUCUACGAACCCACACAGGGGAAAAGCCUUUUGAAUGCUUGGAGUGUGGGAAGAGAUUCAGUCGGAGUGACAACCUUCGAAGUCAUCUAAGAGCCCACACAGGAGAGAAACCUUUUGAAUGCUCAGAGUGUGGGAAGAGAUUUAGUGACACUAGCAAUCUUCUAAGUCAUCUAAGAACCCACACAGGGGAGAAGCCUUAUGAAUGCUCAGAGUGUGGGAAGAGAUUCAAACACAGCAGCAGUCUUCGAAAGCAUCAAAGAACCCACACAGGGGAGAAGCCUUUUGAAUGCCCAGAGUGUGGGAAGAGAUUUAGUCAGAGGAGCAGUCUUCAUCUGCAUAAAAGAUCCCACACAGGGGAGAGCCUUAUGUGGGGAGGAUCCGUGAAGGCAGAAGCAGAGUUCUCUGAGGCAGAAGGAGCUCCGUCAGAGGAAGGUCAGAGGGCGCAGGCCCCGGAGUGUGCCCAAGAUGGCAGCGAAGAGACGUUAUCAAGCCGUAUUCUUUGCAGAGAAGUGGAAAUGCUCUUUCAACCUCUGGUUCAGGUGGCCGUGUAUUUCACCAUGGCGGAGUGGGGCCUGCUGGAUCUGGGCCAAAAAGCCCUCUAUAGGGAAGUCAUGCUGGAGAACUAUGAGAGCGUGACUUUUCUGGCAGGAGAUGAUCAGAGGAAUGGGGAGGAUCUGCAUCAUCUGUCAUCCGAUGAAAUCAAGAAUGAAGAUGUGAGAAGAAAUGUCAGGACUCAAAGCACGUCUCAGAGGCAGGAAUUCAGGCAAAGGGUAAAGAAGAGUGAUAAAUCCAUUCCUUGCCAAGAGAGGGAUUUCCAAGAAGUAAUUCACAGGUUGGAGGAAAUUUACAAGGGUAUAAAGUGUGGAACGAACUUCUCAGAUCAAACCCAAUAUAAUAUCCAUUUUUCAAAGCACAGUAUAAUGAAGGCAUGUAAAUGCUUUCAUUGUGGAAAGUACUUCAGAUACAAAUCACAACUACUUGUGCACCAAAGGAUCCACAAUGCAGAGAGACAUUUUAAACGUUCAGAGUUUGGAAAGAAAUUCAGUCAUAGUUUGUUUCUUAAACAGCACCAAAGAACCCACACAAGGGAGAAACCUUUUAAAUGCUCAGAGUGUGGGAAGAGAUUCAUUUACAGUGGCAGUCUUCAAUAUCAUCUAAGAACCCACACAAGGGAGAAGCCUUUUGAAUGCUCAGAGGGUGGGAAGAGAUCCAGUCAGAGUUUCCUUGUUAAACAGCAUCAAAGAACCCAAACAGUGGAGAAGCCUAUUGAAUGCUCACAGUGUGGGAAGAGAUUCAGUCACAGUAGCAAUCUUCUAAAACACCAAAGAACACACACAGGGGAGAAGCCUUAUGAAUGCUCAGAGUGCGGGAAGAGAUUCAGUCAGAACAGCAAUCUUCAAAGUCAUCUCAGAACUCACACAGGAGAGAAACCUUUUGAAUGCUCAGAGUGUGGGAAGACAUUCAGCUACAAUAGCAAUCUUCAAAGUCAUCUAAGAGCCCACACAGGAGAGAAACCUUUUGAAUGCUCAGAGUGUGGGAAGAGAUUCAGUCAUAACAGUAGUCUUCAAAGUCACCUAAGAACCCACACUGGGGAAAAGCCUUUUGAAUGCUCAGAGUGUGGGAAGGGAUUCUGCUACAGUGGCCAUUUUCAACUUCAUCUAAGAACCCACACAGGAGAGAAACCUUUUGAAUGCUUAGAGUGUGGGAAGAGAUUCAGUCAUAACAGUAGUCUUCAAAGUCACCUAAGAACCCACACUGGGGAAAAGCCUUUUAAAUGCUCAGAGUGUGGGAAGAGAUUCAGUCAGAGUAGCAAUCUUCAAAGUCAUCACAGAACCCACACAGGGGAAAAGCCUUUUGAAUGCACAGAGUGUGCGAAGAGAUUCAGUCGGAGUGGCAAUCUUCGAAGUCAUCAAAAAACCCACACAGGGGAGAAGCCUUUUAAAUGCUCAGAGUGUGGGAAGAAAUUCACUGACAGUAGCACUCUUCAACAACAUCUAAGAACCCACAAAAGGGAGAAGCCUUUUGAAUGCUCACAGUGUGGGAAGAGAUUCAGCCACAGUUGCUAUCUUCAACUGCAUAAAAGAUCCCACACAGGGGAGAAGCCUUUUGAAUGCUCAGAGUGUGGGAAGAGAUUCAGUCAGAACAGCAAUCUUCAAAGUCAUCUAAGAACUCACACAGGAGAGAAACCUUUUGAAUGCUCAGAGUGUGGGAAGACAUUCAGCUACAAUAGCCAUCUUCAAAAACAUCAGAAAAACCACAAAGGAGAGAAACCUUUUGAAUGCUCAGAGUGUGGGAAGAGAUUCAGUCAUAAUACCAAUCUUCAAAGUCAUCUAAGAGCCCACACAGGAGAGAAACCUUUUGAAUGCUCAGAGUGUGGGAAGAGAUUCAGUCAGAACAGUAGUCUUCAAAGUCAUGUAAGAACCCACACAGGGGAAAAACCUUUUGAAUGCACGGAGUGUGGGAAGAGAUUCAGUUGGAGUAACAAUCUUCGAAGUCAUCAAAAAACCCACACAGGGGAGAAGCCUUUUGAAUGCUCAGAGUGUUGCAAGAGAUUUAGUGACACUAGCAAACUUCUCAGUCAUCUAAGAACCCACACAGGGGAGAAGCCUUAUGUAUGCUCAGAGUGUGGGAAGAGAUUCAAACACAGCAGCAGUCUUCAAAAGCAUCAUAGAACCCACACAGGGGAGAAGUCUUUUGAAUGCCCAGAGUGUGGGAAGAGAUUCAGUCAGAACAGUAGUCUUCAAAGUCACCUAAGAACCCACACUGGGGAAAAGCCUUUUGAAUGCUCAGAGUGUGGGAAGAGAUUCCGCUACAGUGGCCAUUUUCAAUUUCAUCUACGAACCCACACAGGGGAGAAGCCUUUUGAAUGCUCAGAGUGUGGGAAGAGAUUCAGUCAUAAUAGCAGUCUUCAAAGUCAUCAAAAAACCCACACAGGGGAGAAGCCUUUUAAAUGCUCAGAGUGUGGGAAGAAAUUCACUGACAGUAGCACUCUUCAAAAUCAUCUAAGAACCCACACAGGGGAGAAGCCUUUUGAAUGCUCUGAGUGUGGGAAAAGAUUCAGUCAGAGUAGCAAUCUUCUAAGUCAUCUAAGAACCCACACAGGGGAGAAGCCUUAUGAAUGCUCAGACUGUGGGAAGAGAUUCAGUCACAGUGGCAGUCUCAAGUAUCAUCAAAGAACCCACACGGGGCAGAAGCCUUUUGAAUGCCCAGAGUGUUGGAAGAGAUUCAUUCAGAGUGGUGAUUUUCAAAGUCAUCUACGAACCCACACAGGGGAAAAGCCUUUUGAAUGCUCGGAGUGUGGGAAGAGAUUCAGUCGGAGUGACAACCUUCGAAGUCAUCUAAGAGCCCACACAGGAGAGAAACCUUUUGAAUGCUCAGAGUGUGGGAAGAGAUUUAGUGACACUAGCAAUCUUCUAAGUCAUCUAAGAACCCACACAGGGGAGAAGCCUUAUGAAUGCUCAGAGUGUGGGAAGAGAUUCAAACACAGCAGCAGUCUUCAAAAGCAUCAAAGAACCCACACAGGGGAGAAGCCUUUUGAAUGCCCAGAGUGUGGGAAGAGAUUUAGUCAGAGGAGCAGUCUUCAUCUGCAUAAAAGAUCCCACACAGGGGAGAGCCUUUUGAAUGUUCAGAAUGUGGGAAGAGAUUCAUUUGCAGUAGUAAUCUUCAAAAGCAUCAAGGAGUCCACCUAGGGCAAAAAGUUUCAGAAUAGAAAGAGAUUCAGUGUGGUUAUCUUCAACAACAUACAAGAACGCACACAGGAGAAAAACCAUUUCACUAUUUUGCCUAAGGGUGUUGAACUCAUUUUUUUUUACAAUGAUUUGACAGAAAUGUUGCUUCAUUGGGCCAGGACGUGUGUGCCCGACAUUGUAAUUCCAGGUUCCAGAGAUAUAAACUUUAGAAUGAACCUCGGCCAACUCAAUUAACAAUAUUAUUUUUUACUCAAUAUAUAAACAUACUUAAAGAAUGA